CUUGAGUGGCAAGUUGUUUGUUUCACUGAUACCAGCUGCUGGACUAUUCCAAUCCCUGUCGGAGAGAAAACAGGGGGCCUGUCGGUCCUUUUCUUUCCACCCUCCCCGUUCGCCUCAUUGUGCUUUCUUUUAUUUCACCCUGCUCUCCUCUCCCACUCACUGGGCAACUUUUUCUUUUCCUCCCCUUUCCCCAUUUUCAGCCUUCUACCUACCUGCUUCCUUUUUUUUUUUCUUUUAUUUAAUAUAAAAAGCUCGUUCUCUAUUUAUUUAUUUAUUUUUAAAAGAAAGAUAAAUAUGUAUUUUUAGACUAUCCACAAAUGAGAAGGCGUAAAAGAUGGAGCUGCACAUUUUAGAGCACAGCCUUAAAGUGGCGAGUAUAGCGAAGGAAGGCAUUCAGAUUUGCACUCACGGAUUGAUCAAACUCGCCUUCUUGCCUUCUAAGACACGAUGCAAAUUCUUCAGUCUCACCGAGACUCCAGAGGAUUACACCAUUAUUGUUGAUGAAGAAGGCUUUAAAGAGUUGCCCGAGUCUGAGCAUCUCAGCGUUGCGGAGGCCACAUGGCUGGCCCUCAAUGUGGUCUCAGGGGGCGGGAGCUCUUCCAGCUCUCAGCCAAUCGGAGUCACCAAAAUUGCCAAGUCGGUGAUCGCCCCUCUGGCGGACCACAACAUAUCGGUGUUCAUGCUGUCCACCUACCAGACUGACUUCAUACUGGUCAGAGAGAGGGACCUGCCCAUGGUCAUGCACACACUGUCCUCAGAGUUCACCCUCCUGAGAGUGGUCAACGGGGAGACAGUGGCUGCCAACAGCUUGGGUGUCUCCAAUGGUUUUGUGAAGCCUAAAAUGGUCCAGCGCCCCAUCAUCCAUCCCUUGUCCAGCCCUAGCAACAUGUUCUGUGUGACCAGCCUGAACCCAGACACCCUGCCUACAGUGGCCACUCUGCUCAUGGAUGUCAUGUUCUACUCCAGCGGAGUUAAGGAGCCAGGUACGGCUACUGAAGACUCUGGACACAUUCGCUUCUUCUCCUUCUCUCUGAUUGAGGGCUACAUCUCCCUUGUCAUGGAUGAGCAGACAACUCGAAGGUUUCCCAACAACGUUCUCUUCACCAGCGCCUCAGGGGAGCUAUGGAAGAUGGUUCGCAUCGGAGGGCAGCCUUUAGGGUUUGAUGAAUGUGGCAUCGUGGCUCAGAUAUCGGAACCUUUGGCUACUGCCGACAUUCCAGCUUACUACAUCAGUACCUUCAAGUUUGACCAUGCUCUGGUGCCAGAGGAGAAUAUCCAGAGUGUGAUUGGAGCCUUGAGGACCAAUGAGAGCACAGGAAAGUGAAGGACAAGAAACUGGGAUGUUAGUGUGUUCUUGCUGACACACCGAUUUAUCUUCAGAUAAUGUCAAACUCUUAAAGUGCCAACAGUUUACCUGUGGACUACUGUGGGACGGGUGGGUAGAUUUUGGAAGUGGGGCAAUGAAAGUGAGGUUGGGGGUGGGUACAAGGAGGGUGUUGGGAUUCCUCUGGUCUACAGUGAGCCCAGAUUCUCCAUAUUCUCUAUCUUAUGUUCUAAGAGACUGUGCCAACACUCCUGUCCAUGCUAGGCCCUUCCCAUCUAUUUUCUGUCCUGACAAAAUCCAGUUCUUCAUUAGCUGUGCAGUGUUUGUCACAUUUGUCUCCUCUUCCCUAUCCCUUCACAACUUUUACCAUGCCAGCAGGGUCCACUAUGUCCUCAGCCUCUUAUUUUGAUACCAGCUCCUGAGGUUCUGGUGUCGGCCAUCUUUCCUUCCCUCCUCAUGUGGUGCAACUCGGAGCCCUUCGUUCACUGGGUUCCCUUGAUUUGCCAGUGCAGGUUGUUUCUUUCUGAAGCAAUAUUUCUCGGCUGCUCGCAUGUCAGCAACUGAAAUUGAUUAGUAGCUUCUCCUGUAUUGUUCAGAGAAUGUACAGAAUGAAACAAAACUCUGGCGUGUUAUUAAGGUUCUGUGUUUCCUUAUACCCUUUGCAGUGCCAUUAUGCUUUAGGCCUAAACUGAUGCCUUGCCUAUAGCUGUUUUUCCCCUUUUACAGGGGGCAACUAGGGGGAACAGAACUAGGAUGCUGUUAGUGGUGUCAAACCACAUGGUGCAGUGGUCUGUUUUGGCUUCUGUUAUUGAAUAGCCUCUCUUCAGCUUAUGGAUAUGUUUGAUGCAUUCACUGUACAAUGACUGGUUUUGUGUGGGUAAUUGCUACCACAAAAGAUGUUCUCCAUAUUAAGUAAUGCUGUCUUGUUUUAGUAAUAGCAAAUGGCAAGUUUUUUUAAGCUCUUCUUGGAGGAUAUUAGAAAUAUACAUCACAAUUGGUAAAUGAGUAAGAAGAUCCAUUUACAGAAUGAGUUAUAUUGCCUGUAUCCACUAGUAUAUGUAUUUCGCUAUUAAAUUCAAAGAUUUAUCAGUCUUUUUUUUUUGAGGAGAAAUAACUGACUGCAAAAAAGUAGCAGUAUUGGUCAGUGUUCCUGAUACUGGAAUCUACUGGUUUCAAAGUGAUAUCUAUAUCCUGGCAGCAAUCAGAAAAUUCCCAUUAGUAGCAGGCUUUAUUAAACAUGAUCUUUGUUUUUCAUGAAAGAUGUAGAAGUGGUGUCUUCCCCUCUCACCCCCCCCCCCCCUUCUGUAGGAACACACUCGCACGCACCUCUUUUCCUACUGGAAAAACUAGUUAUUGCAUCAUGGAAGAAAGGGGGGUUUGGGGUAGUGAGGUUGGAAGGUGAGGGUUUGCUUAUGCAGUUCUCAACAUUAGCUGCAGUUGAGAUGCCAUGUGGAGACACUGUGUGUAGCAUGCAGCAUUGGCGUCAGUUUAGGUCUCUAUCCCGGUCCGCACUUUAUUUAUGGUCCAUCCAAUGGACUGCUGAUGUGAAAACUGGCAAGAAUGUUUGCCCUUCAUACAAGCUGUUGAGAUAGGGUAAUGUUCAGUUGGUCUUCAGUAUGGGUGGUGGUGUUAUUUAUCUGCACCAAACAAAGACAGCUUUGUUUGUUUGUCUUGGGUAGCAGAAGCCAUGCAUUUCAGUGUUAGACUCAUGGGUGACAUUUAUCCUGAGGAUUGUAAAAGCUUUGUUUCUAGCUUGAAGUGGUUUUUGUUUUUGGGAACCCUUGUCCCUCUGCUUUCUUCCUCAUUGCCAUAACUCACUUCAUAUGAUUGUCUUGCACUUACCUGACUUAUUUUAAGGCAGUGAGGUACUGUAUUUCAGCCCAGGGAUAAAGUUCAGAAAUGGGCAUGCUUGCAAAAUCUUGCUUUCCUGGGGCUUUAUUUUGCAUUUAAUAUCUCUCUUUUGCUACAAAACAUUGAACCUCACCUCUGUAGCCUGGAGGAGUGUAGAAACCAUUACUUUUGGCUCAUAUGAAGAAGGAAAAAGAGUGGAUUUUUGAGGUGUCAGUCUCGGUUAGCACAGGUUCCCCUAUGCCUAAUGGCAAUCCUUUGUUGCAAGGUAUGUGUUCCAUUUUUAUGAAAUGGCUCCAGAAACAGGCUACAGGAGUAAAGUGUGACUGUCAUAAUGAAAUUGUAGUAGUAAUACAACAUUUCUCAACUUUUUCCUUUUACUUCCUCAUUGUAAAAAUUAAUUCCAGGUAAACUGAAGACAAAGAACUGUCAUCAGUGUCUUCCUUGUGAUAUUUUUCCCUUUCUCUCGAAGAGCCGUAAUGCCACGUGUCAGUUGACUGAAUAUAAAGAUGAUUAAUAUGAAUUCAGAUUGUUGUGAAUGCAGGUGAGUAAAAUUAGCCAAACAGAAAAA